GCGUGGUUCGGGGCAGCUCCCGCGCACCCCGUCUCCCGGUUCUGGUUCUUGCUUCAACAGUGUUUGGACGGAACAGAUCUGGGGUCCCCCAGCUCCCCUCGGUUUCCAACUUCACCUUUCUGCAGUCCGUCAGCCCCUGGGACCAGCCGCCUCCCGCUUCCGGGACCAGCCGACCCCAGCCUACGGGACCAGCAGACCCCCGCCUCCGGGACCAGCCGCCUCCUCCCUUCGCCGACGGUGCCAUGAGCUCUAGCUCCCAGAUCCGCCAAAACUUCUCCUCUGAGGCCGAGGCCGCCAUCAACCGCCUGGCCAACCUGUACCUGCAGGCCUCCUACUCCUACCUGUCCCUGGGUUUCUAUUUCGAUCGGGACGAUGUCGCCCUGCCUAGGGUGUCGCGUUUUUUCCGUGAGCUGGCGAAGGAGAAACGCGAGGGUGCCGAGCGCCUUAUGAGGCUCCAGAACCAGCGUGGGGGCCGUGUCCUCCUCCAGGCUGUGCAGAAACCUGCCCAAGAUGAAUGGGGCCGCAGCUUGGAUGCCAUGCAGGCUGCCCUGAACCUGGAGAAGGAUCUGAACCAGGCCCUCCUGAAGCUGCACGCCCUGGGCUCGAGCCAAGGGGAUCCACAGCUCUGUGACUUCCUGGAGAGCCACUACCUGGGUGAGGAAGUGAAGCUUCUGAAGCGCUUGGGCAACCACCUGACUACCCUGCGCCAUGUUCAGGUGGACCCCCAAUCCGGGCUGGGGGAGUACCUGUUCGAGAGGCUGAGCCUGAAGCAUGACUAGAAGCAGCGGCCUGGGCAGGCAGCCCCAAGGCUGAACCAAGAACGCCCACAAUAAAGCUAGCUGCUCACCCAGCA